CCUGGAAAGCAACGAGUCUCCAAUCCUUCAUUACUGUUAUCAACCGAGCGCCAUGUGGCCGUCCGCUCCUCGCAUCCUUGCUCUGGGGUUGCUCGUAACUCUUGCAAUUGCAGUCACCACAGUCUCGGCAUCCACCCUGACCGAUGCACGACCACUGCGACUUCACUUUACACUCAAGCGAUCUUCCAUGAAGAUGUAUGGGCACCUCGAGUUCGAUGUCUUCGCCAACCCUGUCGUAUCCGCCGAUAAUACCGCUGUUCGGUACGACGGCUACGCCACCUUCAAGGAGGGUUCCACCAAGCACACAAUUGUGAUGGUGGACGGCAUCGCCUACUUUGUGACGUCAUCCGCUGAUGGAACGGAGACGGCGGAGUGUUCGUCUUCAAGCUCGCUCGCGCUGCUCAACUACAUCAUUCCGGCACUUAACGACGCUACUGCCAUCUCAAGCGCGACGGUCGACGAUAAGAAAAUAACUUGUUCGAGCGGGGACUUGCUCAAGGUCGUCCUGGGCGAUGCUGUAUUCGUUAUUUGUGCAUCGGGUUCCUCCGGUUUUAUUGUCUACGGAAGUGAUCUGGACAUUAGUGUCGCGUAUCUGGAUAGUCCGGUAUCCAUCUCGGUGCCUACACUUAGCGAAGACGCAGCGCGUUCGUGUGAAACGAUUGUGACACCUUCGUCAGUAACAGCGACAACGCUAGCGUUGCUCACCGGCGAGCCCGUAGCAUACAACUGGAGUACUCAAGGCCUUGCCCGUUUCCUGGGUAACUAUUUUAGCUAUGCCCGUUAAAAAUGAUAUAAUACAUGAAUGAAUAACCUCAGGUA